AUGACAGACGCCGCGCCGUCCCCGGCAAUGGCAUCAAACAUGGCGCCGUCCCCGUCGGCCGCCAUCCCAGGCCAACACCCAGGCGCGUUCCCUCCAGGAUUCCGCCCUCCCAUGCCAGGACAACAGAUGAUGCCUGGGCAGCCAUCCGGUGCCAUCAUGAUGGACGACGAGAAGAGGCGCGAGAUCUUGGCCAGCCUCGAACCGUCCCGCGUCAAUGCACUCCGCAAACGCGCCAUGGAGCUGCAACAGGCCGGGCACACUGCUCAGCAGUCGACAGAGCUCGCGCGUACCCUUGCCAUCCUCAACAUGCACGCCCGUGCCGUCCAGCUCGAGUCGGAGAAGCGCAAGGCGCAGGCGGAUGGCGAGGCUGCACAGGCUGCCGCUGCCGGACCAAGCUCUGCUACCGCCAACCAGCCCGCUGGCCAACAUGUCGCCCUCACCCCUGCUCAGAUCGCACAGGUCCGCUCGCAGGCUGCAUCCUACCACCUCCUCAGCCGCAACCAGCCGGUCCCCCAGUUCCUCCAGCAGGCCGCGCAGGGCAACUCGCCAUCGACUCCCACCAGCGCGUCUGCGACUUCGGACGCCAGGAUUGUUGACAAGACGGUCGAGGCAGUCGUCGAGGCAAACAUGCCCGAGGUCCCCUACGCCAUGGAGUUUGACCAGUCGUCAAUCGUUUACCCAUACAACGCAUACAUCCACCCUUCGGUCUAUGCCAACCGCAAGUUUGACGACGAGGUCACCAACCCGGCCACCAAGCAGCAGCGCCUCCUCGUUCCCUCCAUCACCCCAUCGGGCCUCGACCCAUACCUCUUGAUGGAGGAGCGCAACCGCUUUGUCGAGACGCGCAUGGGCUGGCGUAUGAAGGAGCUGGAGGAGAUGGCUUCUACGACGGGUCUCGGCGAGCCUGGCGCCGCCGGGGCUCCGGGUAUCACCGACGACGAGCAGCAGUCGUCUUCGUCCAAGCUGGGUGUCCAGGCUCGCAUUGAGCUCCUCUCGCUCCGCCUUCUCGGCAAGCAGCGCCUCAUUCGUGAGGACCUUGUUCGUGCCAUGCACGGCUCGACCCAGAUCCCUGCGGACCGCUCGCAGUUCCGCCGUUUCCGUACCCACACUCUUCGCGACGCCCGCGCGACCGAGAGCGCGGAGAGGAGGCAGCGUACCGAGCGUGAGCAGCGUGGCAAGCAGCGUCACCUCACAUACAUCAAUUCGAUCACCGACCACGGCGUCAACAUUACCGCCAAUGGCGACACCAACCCCCGUGGCUCGGGUACCGACAAGAUGCGUCGCCUCGGCCGUUGGGUCGUGCGUUUGCACAACGACACUGAAAAGGAAGAGCAGCGUCGUAUCGAGCGUCUUGCCAAGGAGCGUCUCAAGGCGCUCAAGAACGACGACGAAGAUGCGUACCUCGCCCUUCUCGGCGAGGCCAAGGACUCGCGUAUCGGUCACCUGCUCAAGCAGACCGACCAGUACCUCGAGACCCUUGCUGCCGCUGUCGUGGAGCAGCAAAACGACGCUGUCCACCGCGACGGUGCCCACAUGGGCAUGCCGUUCGAGGUCGAGGAAGGACCCGUGUCCGAGGCCCUGUUUGGCGCUCGUCGUCAGGACGGCGAAGAGGACGGUGCCGAGGCUAGGGAAGGCAAGGUUGACUACUACUCGGUCGCGCACAAGAUUCAAGAAAAGGUCACGAAGCAGGCCUCGAUCCUCACGGGUGGUACCCUCAAGGACUACCAGGUCAAGGGUCUGCAGUGGAUGAUUUCGCUGUACAACAACCGACUGAACGGUAUUCUCGCCGACGAAAUGGGUCUCGGAAAGACUAUCCAGACCAUUUCACUCAUCACCUACCUCAUCGAGAAAAAGCUCCAGCCCGGCCCCUUCCUUGUUAUUGUCCCCCUCUCGACUCUCACCAACUGGACGCUCGAAUUCCAAAAGUGGGCUCCCGCCGUCCGCACCCUUAUUCUCAAGGGUUCACCUGCAGUCCGUCGCGACUUGUACCCGCGUCUCCGUGCCGUUGAUUUCCAAGUGUGCUUGACGACCUACGAGUACAUUAUCAAGGAGCGCCCUCUGCUCGCCAAGAUCAAGUGGGUCCACAUGAUCAUCGACGAGGGUCACCGUCUCAAGAACAUCAAGUCCAAGCUGUCGCAGACCCUCAACGAGUACUACUCGACUCGCCACCGUCUCAUUCUUACCGGUACCCCUCUGCAAAACAACCUGCCCGAACUGUGGGCCCUGCUCAAUUUCGUGCUGCCCAAGAUUUUCAACUCGGUCAAGUCGUUCGAUGAAUGGUUCAACGCACCGUUCGCCAACACUGGUGGCCAAGAAAAGAUGGAGAUGAACGAAGAAGAGGCCUUACUCGUUGUCAAGCGUCUUCACAAGGUGCUGCGUCCCUUCCUGUUGCGUCGUCUCAAAAAGGACGUCGAGUCGGAGCUUCCCGACAAGGUUGAAAAGGUCAUCUACACCAAAAUGUCGUCGCUCCAGUGGAAGCUGUACGAGAGUGUCAAAAAGUACAAGACGCUCCCCACCGACUUGUCAUCUGGCAAGCCCCGUCGCCAGGCCAACCUGCAGAACGCCAUCAUGCAGCUUCGCAAGAUUUGUAACCACCCCUUCGUGUUCCGCGAGGUCGACGAGGACUUUUCGGUCGGCAACCACAUCGACGAGCAGAUUGUCCGCACGUCGGGCAAGUUUGAGCUCCUCGACCGUCUCCUGCCCAAGCUCUUCCACACGGGCCACAAGGUCCUCAUCUUCUUCCAGAUGACCGAGAUCAUGUCCAUCAUCGCCGACUACUUUGACUACCGCGGCUGGAAGUACUGCCGUCUCGAUGGUUCUACCAAGGCCGAUGAGCGUCAAGCCCUUCUCUCGACCUUCAACGACCCAGAGUCGCCUUACCAGGUCUUCAUCCUUUCGACCCGUGCUGGUGGUCUUGGUCUCAACCUGCAGUCUGCCGACACGGUCAUCAUCUACGACACUGACUGGAACCCUCACGCCGACUUGCAGGCCCAGGACCGUGCGCACCGUAUCGGUCAGAAGAAGGAGGUCCGCGUCCUCCGUCUCAUUUCGAGUGGGACUGUCGAGGAGCUCGUGCUGCAGCGUGCCCAGGCCAAGCUCGAGAUUGACGGCAAGGUUAUCCAGGCCGGAAAGUUCGACGACGUGACCACUGGUGCCGAGUACGAGGCGUACCUCGCCAAGGCGUUCGAGCAGCCCGGUGACGAUGACGAGGAGGAGACCAACGAGCUCGACGACGACGAGCUCAACGAACUCCUUGCUCGUGGUGACAACGAGCUUGAAAUCUUCCAAAACAUGGACAAGGAGCGCAUCGCACGCAAGACGGCCGAGUGGAAGGAGACGGGCGGCAAGGGCCCCAUUCCACCGGCUCUCAUGCAGGAGAGCGAGCUCCCGCCCUUUUACCGCCGCGACAUUGGCCAGGAGAUGGCCGAGCAGGUUGUCAGCGAGGAGGACCAGGGCCGUGGGCGUCGUGUCAAGGCCGAGGUCAAGUACACCGAUGGCCUUACCGACGACCAGUUUAUCAACGCCCUCGAGGACAGCGACGACGACAUUGAGUCUGCCGCCGAACGCAAGCGUAUCCGCUCUGAGAAGAAGGCCGAGCGCAAGCGCCAAAACGAAAUCCUCAUCCAGGCCGAGGCAGAGGGCAAGCCUCUUUCGACUGUCAUCACCCAGCUCAAGGCCGAGGCUGAGGCAGCGGUACCCGCGACCCCGACUUCGCACAAGAAGAAGCGUGGACGCCCCAGCAAGAGCGCCACCCCGGCACUCGAGGAGAGCACCCCUGCUAAGCGCCGCAAGGUCAACGUCCCUGGUGCUGUGUCGUCCGAGGAGAUUGCAUGUGUCAAAAAGAUCUUUGACGAGGUCAACGCCCUCACAGACGAGAUGACCGGCGAGCCAUGGAACAUCUAUUUCCGCAGCCCUGUGGACCGUAAGAUCUACCCCGACUACUACACGAUCAUUGCCCAGCCCAUCGCCAUGUCGCAGAUCAAGCGCAAGUUUGGCCAGGCCCAGUACGGCCUCAACGCGCUGUCUGCCGACAUCAAGCUGCUGUGGACCAAUGCGCGCACGUACAAUACCGAGGGCUCAUGGGUCUACAACGCCGCCGACGAGAUGGAGGCCUACUUUGACAGGAGGUUUGCCGAGGAGAUUGACAAGUACUCUCCGUCGGGCGGCAAGGCCGACACCAACGGCACCAACGGUGACUCGACCGAGGGCACCACCCCUGCUCAAAGCGGCCAGAGCACCCCCAUGUACAAGGGUCCCGCAGUUGCCACCAAGAUCAAGCUCAACAUUGGCGCUUCCAGCCGCCGCAAUGAAAUUGUCAAGAGCGACACGGAGGAGGAGAGCGAGGCCAACGACGACGACGACGAUGAUGAUGACGAGGACGACGACUAUUAG